UUUUUUUUUAUUGUCGUCAACCGCAUCCCAUACCCAUACCGGCAUUAUCGAGCUGGUCAGUUUCCAAAGUCAACAGACUAUCGACAACCAUCCAGCCGACUCUCCAUUUUUAAUCCAAACACACCACCAAAUCCACUUUCACGCACCAUCCACUUCCACCAACACUCGAGGUACCUUGUAGUGCUGGGAGCAUAGAAUAUACCGACCUUCGAACGACGAUAGCUACCGUGUCGCCGUCUUUCGUCGGCCAAGUCACUUCGACCGACGCGCUUCUUUCCCCGCCGCGCAUUCGUCACACCACAAGGCCCUUGGCCCAAUGCCAUCCGACUUUCGGUGAUAUAAAUCCAGUACACCGAGACUACAACAAUUGCAAUCAGUGGUAGAGGUGCCUCCAGCUACCAUGGCGUUCGCCUUCGGAAACCAGUCCGGCGCGGCUGGCGGCGUUACAGAGGGUCCUGCUCUCGAGGUCAUCCAGACAGAGGGCCUCGGCUUCCUUGCUCUCAAAGGUGAGGCCAAAGUCCAACUGACUUCGAAAUGGAAUCCUCCUCCGGCCCCGACGGCAUCCCUCCUCAGCAUCGCCCAGCACAAGGGCCUUGUAGCCGCAGCAGGUCCCGAUGCCUUCAUAAUCUCCACUACCGAAUCCGUACGAAAGGCCUUCGAGGCCGAACAGCCCGCCGAGGGCGACAUCCGACCCUUCACGCCCCAAGCCACCAUCCCUAUGCCCCUCCGCGUCUCGCAGCUUGCCUUUACUGCCGACGAGAAAUAUCUUAUUUUGUCCGCCGAGGAGGGUGGUGGCCUGGCAGUUUACCAUGUCGAUGCCCUUAGCAACGGCACUACCCAGUCCGCUUUUGAGAUAAGCACCAACGGCGAAGCGCUUCGUUCCCUGAUACCCAACCCGGCACCCGAGUUCGCCCACUUUUGCGCAGUUAUCACCACCAAUGGCAAUCUAUACAUGGCCAACCUGAACGAACGUCAACUUGUCUCGGGAGCCAACGGCCCAACGUUACGGUCCCAGGUUAGCUGCGCGUCAUGGAGUACUCGAGGAAAGCAGCUGGUGGCAGGCAUGGCGGACGGUUCCAUCAUCCAGAUGACCCCAGACGGUGCCGAAAAGGCGCAUAUUCCAAAGCCCCCCGGCGUGGGAGACUACCACGUAUCUUCGCUGGCAUGGCUCGAGAACCAUGUGUUUUUGGCAAUUUACAAUCCCGCAAGCGGCCAAGAUCCGUCUGUGUACUACGUUAUCACACGCCAGCAGCAGGCAAACGGGCAAGCCACCUUUACCUACAACAAAAUGACAGACCCCGUCGAGCCAUUUGGGGCGGAAAAGGCUCCCCAUCAUUCAGUAUUGCGGUUGAAGGACUUCCCUCCGAGUCUCACCGAUCUUCUUCUGGUGUCUUCUACUGCGACCGAGAGCAUUGGACUUCUUACCCGCUCAAAGACCCCUUUGGCAGCCGACAAACCGGUCGUCAAUGCCUUUACCACAACGGAAUUCGCCGAUGACACCAAGCGUGCGCUUCUCCCUAUGAGUGAGGAUAUGACGGAAACCUUCCCUGUUGGUACUGCGCUUGACCUGUCCGCUAAGGACAAGGUAUAUAAGCCCAUCCCCACGGACGAAAUCAACGAGUCCCCAGGUCCUCUGCCCGGCCUCUGGGUACUGAAUAACGACGGUGUCCUCUCGGCUUGGUGGAUCGUUUACAACGACUCGAUUCGUAACGGGACCACGUACCCUGGUCUCGCCGUCAUGGAUAGCAACAAACCUGCGCAGCAAGCACAACCUCAACCUACGUUUGGCGCUUCUACUACGACUGCACCGGCGUUUGGCUCUUCGGCGUUCGGUGCUGCUCCAUCUCUCGGGGCCAAGACGUCCCCUUGGGGAGGUGGCGGUGCGGCAGCCCCGGCAUUCGGCUCCAGCAGCUUUGGAAGUGCUCCAGCUGCUGCUGCUCCGGCUUUCGGCGCCCCAAGCGCGCUUGGAGGCCCAGCGGCGGCUCCUGCUUUUGGCCAGUCAUCCAUGAUCGGAAUGGGGGUUAAGGCCUCUCCAUGGGCCUCUGGUGGUACCAGCACUGGAUCUGCGGGAACUUCAGGUAAGGUCUUUGGCGGCGGUGCUGCCUCGUCAUCCGGUGGGUUUGCUAGCUUUGCGAGUACGCCUACUCCCUUUACUAGUUUUGCAGGGAAGUCGGAAGGCAGCGCAUUCGGUUCCCUCGCCGGUAACAACUCCGGCGGAAGUAUUUUUGGGUCAAAGCCCGCUGAAUCGAAGAGCAUUGAAGUUUCGAUGGAUUCUGACACAGCGUUCCCUCCUCCUGCUGCGAAACCCGCGGGAGGUUCCGCUUUUGGAUCAUCCCCCUUUGUGCUUGGAACUACUUUCAAGGCUGACCUCAAAACUGCCAACGACAACGAGGAGCCUUCAGAGAAGAAGGGUGCAUCUAUGUUCGGUAGUGGAUUCGGUCUAUCACUGAGCGAGCCUGCCGCCGCGGAAACCAAGGAUGAGACUAUGGAGAGCGCGGCUCCUACGCCUGUUACCGAGAAGCCCAAAUCGAUCUUCAACGUGGAAUCCACGACCCCCGCCGGUACCCCUGCCUCCAACAACAUUUUUGGUGCUCCCAAGCCCCCUGGCAGUGGUCUCUCCAAUGUGUUCGGCGCGCCCAAGACCGAAGAGUCCAAGCCCAAGCCGCUCACCGAUCUGUUUGGAAAGCCUAAGACCGAGGAAGUUGCGGCCAAGCCUAAUCCGUUUGCCGCUCCUCUCAAGUCUGAGACGAAGCCUAACCCGUUCGCGGUGCCCCUUAAGUCGGAGGCGCAGCCCAAAUCGUUUGCGGAUGCUCUUAAGUUAGCGGCGUCCCCCAAGGCCAAGGAGGAAGAUACAGAAAAUAAGGAGAACCUAGCCAAUAUUUCGGAGGUACCCGAGACUACUAGAUCCAAAGCUGAAAGCGAUGAAGCUCCUCUGCCACCGGAUUUCUUAUCGAGCAAGGCCAAGCCUACCAGUAAGAAGGCGGAGGCUGCUCCACUGCCUCCCGAUACCCCAAGUAAGGCCCAGGAUCUUCCCAAAUUGCCUCCUGUCCCUUGGAGCCCGAGCAAGGAGGAGGAAGGUGAGGCUGAGGAGGAGGAGGAGGAAGAGGAGGAGGAAGAGGAGCACGAUGAGAACGAGGAGGGUUAUGAGGACGAGGAAGAAGAAGAGGAGGAGGAGGAGCGUGGUAGUGAAGAAGACGAGGAGCGGAGCGACGAAGAAGAGGAUGAAAACAGUGAUGAGGAUGAGGAUCGCUCGGAGGUGGGCAGUGAGGGUAGCGGUGUCGAUGUCUCUAAGGAACUCGACCAGACAACUAUGUCCGUCCACUUCGAAAACGGAAGCCCACGUUACCAAUCCCGAAACAUUUUCGGCAAGAGCAACAACAACAUGGGGGCGAGCACAUUCUCUAACAUUUCCCGCUCCGAGGCGGAGCCACAGAGUCGUUCCCUCUUUGGCGAGGCGAACAAGAAUGCGCCCCCCUUGUUCUCCAAGCCUUCAGGGCCUUUCGACUCUCCCAGCCCCGUUCGCAGCACGCAAACCGCCCAGCCCAGCCUUUUCAGGCCACAAGAGGGACCCCGGACUGCCAGCACCCCCGUCUUCAACAAGAAUCAGCUCUUGGGCGCCAGCACCACCCCCAAGGGCCCUCCACCAGUCGACCCCAACGUGGCUGCCCAGCGCAAGUUCGCCGCCAAGAAGGAGGCCGAAGCCCAAGCGCUCGUCGACCCCGAAGACGAAGGCAUCCAACAACUGCUUGCCGCAGAAGUUGAGCCUACCCUAACCAUGAACGAGUUCCUUGUCGUCGACUCCAAGCUCGAAACGUACCAUGCCCCCUCUUCCAAACCCUCCUCCGAGGUCCCCGCAGCCGUCGAGACUUUGUGGCGGGAUAUCAACCGCAUGGCUGACCGCCUCGGUCUCAACUCGCGCUCUUUGGCAUCAUUCAUCCUUGGCCAUACAAAGUUCGCCAAGGCAGGUGGGCGCACAAAAGAAGACCUCGAAAACCCCGAGGACUGGGUCCUCGUCGAAGCUUCAGAGCUGACCAAGCUCAUCGACGGCCAGUUGGCUCGGGAGUUGGAAGAAGGCCGCAUCAAGGACAUAGCCGAGACGCAAGCGGCGCUCGACAAGGUAUCCCGCGAACUCAGAACCAUGCGCGCCAAAGAGGAAGACAUGCGCAAGCUCUUCGCUGCCCAAACAGACCCCGAACAGAUCGCCACUAUCAGAGCCCAGCCGCUCAGCAGGGAGCAGAGCGUGCAACAGAUAGAACUUCGCCGGUCGUAUGCCCAGUUCGCAAAGCAACUCGCAGAAGCCGAGGAGGCCUUGGUCCUACUAAGGACCAAAAUCGCCGCCAGGGCCGCAGAAAAGGGCGCCGUCUCUCUCGCCGGUGCCGCAAAGGUACCCACCGUUGAAGCCGUCAUGAAAACCAUUCAAAAAAUGACGACCAUGGCUGAGAAGAGGAGUGGCGACGUCGAUCUCCUGGAGAUGCAAAUCCAGCGCCUCAAACUCUCCCAAUCCCAAUCGCGAGAAGGGGGGUCAGCAGCAGAGAGCAGAGAAGGCACUCCUACACCUACACAUAAUCCACUCAAGGCCAGCACAUCCAGCUUGAGAAGUUCAACGACAUUUACCCCCAGAGACUCAGUUAGAAUCGAGCUCUCACAAUCACACUCCCCUGGCGCUUUCUCGGCGUCGGUCAGGAGCAACACCACCGCCACGACGCCUAGCCCAAGUCCAAGGAAGAAGAUAUCGAUGUUUACGGAAGAGGAGAGGAAGGAGAUUAGGGCGCGAGAGGCGAGGAGGAAGGGUAAAUUGGCGCUGUUGAGGAAGGCAUUGGAGAAGCAAGGACCGAGGGUGGAGAGGCUGAGUGAUGAUUGAUUGACUGACUGACCGACUGAUUUUGUUGGAUUUUCCAGUCUUGUGUUUGUUUGUCUGUUCAUGUCAGUUCAAGUUGUCAGUGUCGGUUGGUGAUGGUGGACGGGUGGCUGAAUGACUGACUGGGGAGUAUAAGGAGUUGGAACAUGAGGCUGUAUUGAUUAGUGGUAGGGUUAGUAUAUCGAGAUCUGAUGAGAGUGAAAGAAUGGCAAGAGGAAUGAAGAAGUAAGAAUUACCAGAAAAUGGCUCUGAAAUACGCGUGAUAUAUUCAACGAGAAUUCUGUACAUGAAACUGAUGCGAGUUUCGAUGUUGAUGUGUCACUAUUAGGGUACUGAUGGGCUAUGUAGGC